AUGGAUCUGCUGAAAGAAGGAGGAUCCGUAUCGCGUCCACCUCUGCUUGAUGGCUCAAAUUAUUCUUAUUGGAAGGCUCGAAUGAAGGCUUUCAUUAAGGCUCAAGAUGAAAAAGCUUGGCGUGCUGUCCUGACUGGCUGGAAGCAUCCAGUAACUAAGGAUACAGAAGGAAAAGAAAAUCUCAAGCCUGAAGAGUCAUGGAGUACUGAUGAAGAUAGGUUGGCCAACUACAACUCACGCGCGCUCAAUGCAAUAUUCAAUGGAGUUGAUGUUAAUCACUUCAAGAUGAUAUCCACAUGUGAAUCGACUAAAGACGCAUGGGAGAUUCUGGAGGUAGCUCAUGAAGGAACAGCCACCGUUAGACAAUCAAAAUUGAAUAUGCUCACUACUAGGUUUGAAACUCUUCGGAUGCUUGAAAUUGAAACCAUCUCUGAAUUUAAUUCUCGAUUAUGUGAUAUAGCUAAUGAAUCUUUUGCUCUUGGUGAAAAAAUCUCCGAGGCAAAACUUUCAGUAAAACCAGAAGAAAACGGAAAUCUCUUUGAUUCAGACAGUUUCAGCAAUGAUGGAGAACUAACACAUGAGACUAUACAGGAGGCUUAUGAAUCAAUGUUCAACAAAUGGAUUCAGGUGGUCAAGUUGAACAAGUCACUUGAGAAGAAAUUGGCAGAUGUUGUACAAGAAAAGGAGGAUCCAAAGAUGAGGCACGAGUCCAAGAUUGCUGAAAUGAGAAAAAGACUGCAGGAAGCUAAUGCAGAGUUAGAACGUACUCAGAAGACCUUGAAGAUGAUGAAUACCGGUACUGCGAAAUUAGAUCACAUAUUUUCUAUGAGAAAAUCCAGUCAUGACCACUUUGGACUAGGCUACAGUGGAGAAUGUCAGUCAUCUAAUUUUCCAGGACACAUCCAGCCACGGUGUUACAAGUAUCUGAAUGCCUUAAAACGAGGUAUGCAUCUGACUUCACCAAAUGUUGCAAGACAGACACCAAAGAGGAAGAUUAAUGGAGAUAACAGAAGUACACGUAAGGUGUGGGUGAGAAAAUCUGACUUAAGUUGUCAUGCGGCUUACACGUCUCUGAAAGCAAGUACUACCAACUCUUGGUAUUUUGAGAGUGGAUGCUCUAGGCAUAUGACUGGGGAAAGAAGUUUUCUAAAGAAUUUUAAAAGUUUGACCGAUGGACACGUGACUUUUGGUGAUGGUGUUAAGGGUAAAGUGCUUGGAAGAGGAAUUCUAGAUGUUGAUGGAUUACCAAAGCUGAAGAAUGUGUUACUUGUGGAAGGAUUGAAGGCUAAUCUCAUAAGCAUUAGCCAGUUGUGUGAUCAAGAACUCUUUGUGAGUUUCUCCAAAAACAAGUGUCGUGUGUUGGAUGAGGAAGAAAACUGUGUGAUGGAAGGAUCAAGAUCAUCGGAUAAUUAUUAG